ACGACCACAUUUUCUCUCACAACCACACACCGGUGACGACAACUUGAUUGUACAUCUUCGAGUGCAAUCAUGGCGCCACGAUCCUAUUCCAAGACCUACAGUGUCCCUCGUCGACCAUUCGAAUCGGCUCGUCUCGACUCCGAGUUGAAGAUCGUCGGUGAAUAUGGUCUGCGCAACAAGCGUGAAGUCUGGCGUGUCCAGCUCACUUUGUCCAAGAUUCGACGUGCUGCUCGUCAACUUCUCACCCUCGACGAAAAGGACCCCAAACGUCUCUUCGAAGGCAAUGCCCUGAUUCGACGUCUCGUGCGAGUCGGUGUGCUCGACGAGUCUCGCAUGAAGCUCGAUUACGUGUUGGCCCUGAAGGUGGAGGAUUUCUUGGAGCGUCGUCUCCAGACCUGUGUCUACAAGCUCGGCCUGGCGAAGUCCAUCCAUCACGCCCGUGUCCUGAUCAAGCAACGCCACAUCCGUGUCGGCAAGCAGAUCGUCAACGUCCCUUCCUUCAUCGUCCGUCUCGACAGCCAGAAACACAUUGAUUUCGCUCUGACUUCGCCCUUCGGUGGUGGACGUCCCGGCCGUGUCAGGAGGAAGAAGGCCAAGGCUGCUGAGUCCAAGGAGGAUGGUGGUGAUGAUGAGGCUGAGGAUGAGGAAUAGAUGUGUGCGUGAAGCUACAUCGUACACCUAUUCGUCUGGUCUCACCGUGAACGACAACAAGUUGCCACUGGUUGAACCUCGAGAUGGAACAAGAUAUCAAAAUCAUGGCCGUCUUAUCAAAAAAAUCAACCAGAAUCCCUGGCCGAUCACUCAAAAACAGUGUCUGUAUUUCAGUCACUCAGAUGUCCUACUCACGCUUGGCUUGCCAAGUGAUGCAACUCAGAUACCAUUAGACCUGAAAAAUGGUCCACGUCUUGAGAGGAAUUCUCAAGACGAGAUGAGAAGCAAUCAAAAUCAAGUUACAAUCA